CAUUGUCUACUAUUGCUAUAUGUUAUUUAUGUAUUGCAUGGAAGACUCGUCAUAUAACAACAAUAAUACGUCCUUAUCAACAAAGAAAUCGUCGUGAUUUUCUUGUGAUUCGUCGUAUGAUAUUAAUCAUAAUAGUUAUAAGCAUGGUAUCAUUCCCAUUACUUAUUGAUUUGUUUAUUCAUUUACGAAAAGGUUACAUAGAUCCAUAUAUGAAUUCGAUUGAAUGA